GUUAGAAGAACUCAGCAUUGGAUCCCACACCACGUGUUGUUUUGGCGCUUUACCGCAUUUCGCUGACACCCAAACAAACGUGUCGUCAAGAUGGCUCGUUUACUCUGAAUCGAUUGAUUUUUUUAAUCUACGGUUUUUAGAUAUUUGAACGGCACGGGUUCAGACGCUGUUGAAUAAUGAAGUACAUACUGGUGACAGGCGGUGUGAUAUCUGGCAUUGGUAAAGGCAUCAUAGCCAGCAGUGUGGGCACUAUACUCAAAUCAUGUGGCCUGCAUGUCACUGCUAUCAAAAUCGACCCCUACAUCAACAUCGAUGCAGGCACUUUCUCUCCCUAUGAACAUGGUGAAGUGUUUGUGCUGGAUGAUGGUGGUGAGGUUGACUUGGAUUUAGGGAACUAUGAACGUUUUCUAGACAUCCGGCUAACCAGGGACAACAAUUUGACAACGGGGAAGAUCUAUCAGUCUGUUAUAAACAAGGAGAGGAGAGGGGAUUACUUGGGCAAAACUGUACAAGAUUCAUAUGCCUCUGUUAUUAAAGCACUGGAGCACUCUGCUCUCGCCAUCAACUAUAAGCUAGAGGUCAAGUACAUUGAUUCGGCAGACCUGGAGCCAGCAGCGUUGCAGGAGGAGCCGGUGAAGUACCAUGAGGCCUGGCAGAAGCUCUGCAGGGCUGAUGGGGUUCUUGUUCCUGGAGGCUUUGGUGUGCGAGGCACUGAGGGAAAAAUCCAAGCCAUUAACUGGGCGAGGAGACAGAAAAAGCCAUUUUUAGGUGUUUGUUUGGGCAUGCAGCUGGCAGUGUGUGAAUUUGCUCGUAAUGUACUUGGCUGGGAAGAUGCCAAUUCUACAGAAUUUGACCCUGAAACAAAACAUCCAGUGGUGAUUGAAAUGCCCGAGCACAAUCCUGGGCAGUUGGGAGGAACCAUGCGGUUGGGAAAAAGGCGCACUUUGUUCAAAAGCACCUCCAGCGUUCUUCGAAAGCUGUAUGGAGAUGCUGAAUAUGUGGACGAAAGGCAUCGACAUCGCUUUGAGGUGAAUCCAGAAUUGAAGCACCACUUUGAAGAUAGAGGUUUUCGAUUUGUGGGUCAGGACCUGGAGGGGGAGCGAAUGGAGAUCAUUGAACUUGAAGAUCACACUUAUUUUGUCGGAGUGCAGUACCACCCAGAAUUCACUUCUCGCCCCAUCAAACCCUCACCUCCUUAUUUUGGCCUUCUACUGGCAGCAUCUGGGAAACUACAGAACUAUCUACAGAAAGGAUGCCGGCUCUCACCUCGGGACACAUACAGUGACCGAAGUGGCAGUAGUUCACCAGACUCUGAGAUAUCUGAAAUCAAGUUCCCAUCACUUUCUUAAAGUGGAAAUACAUAUAAUCAUGAAAACAUAACAUUCAUGACAUGAAUUUAGAAAUUUGAAUAAAUGGAUAAAAAAAAAGAUAAUGUGUCAUUUUUAGGCAAAAUAUAAGAACACUGAACAUGUUUUUAAACAAGUGUUCUGUGAUAUACUCGCAAUGAAACCAUAUAGGGAAAAACCAGAAGAAGCAUUACACAGUUUUAAAAGUGUAUUCAUAAGAAUUAAGCAUUAUGUGUGCCAGCAUGAGACUAGUGUGAUAAAAUGGCUUACUAAUCUUGUCUGUGCAAGCAUUUUUAAGCUCCAGGUAUGACGGUGUAAAUACAGUACCUUUCACUUUCACAUGAAAGAAAAUCUCAAAAGCUCAAAAUACUUUUAACUUCUAUUGUAAACACUAUUACUGUAAAUGUAAAUUGUUUUUACAAAAUGGAGGAAGAAUGAAAAAUUGAUCGCCCCCUUAGAGCGUAACAUGUAUUAAAAUCACAUUCCUUUAUCCUUUACUUUAAAAAACGGUCAUUUUGAAUAGACGUUUAUUUCUCCGCAGACGAACGGCUUCUUUUUCAGCUGGCCUUUUAUUUUGUUAAACCCAUUCCCGGAGAUCUCGCGAUAAUUCACCAGAGCUCCGUUCGCCAGUCGGAAGAGGCGCCUGUAGAAGGAAUAACAUCAUCAACUUAUAUGGGCUUUUGAAUAUUUCCAGUUUAUAAAUGUUGAAGAUGGGAAGAUAAUA